UCGCGGGGGCGGGGCACUGACGCGCCCUCGAGGGAGGAAGCCCCGCCCCUUUCCGAAGUGGCGCCCGAGGAGCCGGAGCCGCUGCGCUUCCUCCCGUCCCUCGCUGCUUCCCGCCGCGGAUCCGGAUGGACCCCCCGGUCAAGGAGGGGGCGCUCCUGCUCCAGCAACCGCCAGCGGGGCUGCGCCUCGGGGCCAAGCGCUGGAAGAAGAGCUGGUUCGUCCUCUACCCGGCCAGCGCUCACGGGGUGGCCCGCCUGGAGUUCUUUGACUGCAAGGAGGGGGCGGCGGCGGCGGCAGCCGACCGGGCCGGCACCAAGCGGCCGGACAAGAAGAUCGUGCGGCUGGCCGACUGCCUGAGCGUGGCUCCGGUCCCAGACGGGGCCCCCAAGGACAGCCUGGCCGCUUUCCGCCUGGAGACCAGCGAGCGCAGCUACCUCUUUGCUGCCCAGCCUCCGGAGACUGCCCAGUGGGUGGCCAAGCUCUGUGAGACGGCGGCCUUUCUGGGCGCCCCUGGCAAAGUGGCCCAGCCUGCAGCGGAGCCCGGUGGGGGGCAGGCCUUGAAAAUGGCCACGAAUGCCAUUUAUUACUCGCGAGAGGAAGCGAGUGAGUUCUGGGUGACGGUGCAGAAGACGGAGGCCGCCGAGCGCUGCCUGCUGCAUGGGCCGUACGUGCUGAAGGCCUCUGGCGACAGCCUCGUCCUGGGAGACCCCCACUCCAAGCAGCCCCUCUACACGUGGCCCUACCGGCUGCUCCGCAGAUACGGCCGGGACAAGGUGAUGUUCUCCUUCGAAGCCGGCCGGCGCUGCGAGUCGGGGCCCGGCAACUUCACCUUUGAGACCCAGCAGGGCAACGAGAUCUUCCACGUGGUGGAGGCCGCGAUCCAGGCCCAGAAGGCCCAGGCGGAGGAGAACCGGCAGAGCAGCAGCUCCGCGGAGCUGGAGGCCUCGGGGGGGGCGGCCCAGAUCCAGAGCGCCCUGGCCAGCUCGCUCAGCCUGGGGGAGGGGCAGGGGCCCGCUCCCGAGAAACAGGGGCCCAGGACUGCGCUGAGCACCAGGCUCAGCUCCGCCGCCGCGGCCCAAGAGGAGGCGCUGGCUGUGCCGCCACCCAAGGGGCCGGGCCCGCGAGACCCCCCGGCCCCCUGGCCGAGCCCCCCACCGCGCUCCCCGCUCUCGGGGGUGCCCUCCGAGGACGCUGGCAAUGUCUACUCUGAGCCCCUGGAUGCCAUCAAGGGGCCUCGGCCCCGGCCGGACCCCCUCUAUGCCGACCCAGUGGACAGCUGGCGCCAGGCUGGGGGUGGGGAGGCAGAGGGGGGGCUCCCCAGCGCCAGGCGGCUGUAUGAGAGGGUGGGGCCGGGGGCAGGCGCCUGCCAGGGCCCUCGCGAGGGCGGCGCGCACAUCUACGACGAGCCGGAGGGGCGGGCCCCCCGGGCAGCUCCGCCCCCCGCCGCCAUCUACGAGGAGGCCCGCCUCCCCCACGAGGCCUGGCGGACUCAGGGCCUGGAGAGCCCAGCUGGCUACGAGCUGCCUGCCUGGCCCGGGGCUGUGCCCGCCUUCCCCCCGAAAGCAGGGCCCAAGGCCCCCAAGCCGUGCCCGGCCCCCAAGCCCCCCCGGGCCCACAAGAAGGCCCCUCCGCCAGGCACUGCCAGCAAGCCCCUGCCAAGCCCAGCGCCCGGCCCCAAGGACUGUGCUCUCUCCGGCAGCGGCAGCAGCAGCAGCAGCAGCAAGGGGGCCCCGGGGGGGGCGGCCCUCUACAGCUGCGUGCUGAAGCCCCCCAGGGGGCCGGCGGGGGGGCCAGAGCUGUCGGUGGACGAGAGCCGGCCAGCCUCUGUCUACGAAGACCUGGGCGAGAUCUGAGGCUGGGCGAGGCGCCGUGGCACCAGCCAGGCUGCUCUGGGCCAGGAGCCUCGCUCUGCCCGCGAGGGGGCAGCGGCCGGGGGGGCCGGGCUUCUUCCGGCUGUGCUGCUGCGGAGAGUAUUUUUCGAGAAAUGUCUAUUUUGCUAUGAAAAUAUACCCUUUGAGCCCAG